UUGAAGUGAGAGGAAUCACAGCGGCGCGAGAGAGAGAGGAAAGCAUGGUUCAUAAGCUCACUCGUAUUUUCCCCGUUUCGCACUCCAUACGGCAUCGUUCCACCUCUGAAUUUCACCUCUUUCGAUUUUCUCAGCUUGAUCCACGACCGACAAUGGCGGAUUUCGCAAGCACUUCCUCUUCAUUCUUGCUUCUCUGAGUUCGACGCCUCUUUGUUUCUCUUUCUUUCUACAGCUACUUUUUGUUUUUGUUUUUUUGGAGUUAAGAAAGUCUUCCGGUGGGAGAAGAGAAUUUAGAUGCGGAAUACUCACCUACUAGGUUGUGCUUUCAAGUGUUGUGGUCGGGGAGCUUUGUUGCAGAUCUAAGUGGUUUUGCAUUUUGGUGUCGUACUGUCGACGCGAUGCUUUGGUAUGGGUGUUAUUCCGGGAGAUGAAAACGUGAACGAACUGCGUGGUUUAUUUGUUUUUGGCUUUGAAGUACUCUCGGUGUUGCAGCUUGUGAUUUUUGAAAUUUUUGGACAACGAAGCUUGGGGGAUUUUAAAAUGAAUCGUAGUUUUAGGGCUUCGGAAUCACAAAUGCAAGCGCCGGUAAAGCAGCGGCAGCAGCAAGCUGGAGGACUAAGGGCGUCGGUGAGGAAAGAUAAGGAGGAGGAGCUUGCGUUGUUCUUAGAAAUGAGAAAGCGCGAGAAGGAGAGGAAUGAUCUUUUAUCGAACCACGCGGAAGAGUUUGAUGCGCCUUUAGGAACAAAACCAGGAACGUCUCCAAUUUUUAAUAUCGCAUCAGCGACCCCAGCCCCUACUCGCAAGACUGGUGCUGAUGAUUUUCUUAAUUCUGACAACGAUAAAAAUGAUUAUGAUUGGCUUAUAACUCCUCCUGGAACUCCUCUUUUUCCAUCUUUGGAAACGGAGUCAGAAAGGGUCUUAAUGAGCCAUGCUACUCCAAUGGGUCGUCCCGAUGUGCUGAAAUCUAGACUCGCAAAUCUCCAACAAGAACCUACUACGAGGAGCAACUUGGUCUCAAAACAACCAGCUUCUUCUCCAGGAUUGAACUCUUCAAGUGUAGGGAUACGUCGGCCUUCAUCAUCUGGAGGCCCUGGAUCGAGACCUGCUACCCCAACUGGACGUCCUACAUUAACCACAACAGCUAGAACUUCCAGAUCCUCAACACCUACUUCCCGUGCGAUUUUGCCUUCAAAUAAACCAGUAGUUUCCUCGACUAAGAUUGCAGCAGCUUUAAAUAAGCUGCCAGCUGCGUCAGCCAAGCCAGUUACUAAGACUAAGCCCACUGUUUCCUCUGCUAAGUCAGUUCCCGCAAGAUCUUCCACUCCAACAAGAACAACAGCAAGAUCAUCAACGCCGACGCCGUCUUCCAGAGCUACUAUACCUCCACCUAAGCCCACAUCAAGGGCCUCAACUCCUACUCGUCGACCUUCCACACCAUCUAGUGCAUCAAGUGCACCUGUUUCCUUAGUCAGGUCUUCAUCAUCAAUUUCAAAGCCAUCUCCAACUCCGUCAAGGAAUCAAGUACCGUCAAGAGGAACUUCCCCAACAGUAAAAUCCAGACCAUGGAAUCCUUCAGAGAUGCCAGGUUUCUCUCUCGAUGCUCCACCAAAUUUAAGAACAUCGCUUCCUGAAAGACCACUUUCUGUCACAAGGGGUCGGCCUGGAGCACCUAGUGCACGAUCUUCUUCUGUUGAACCUCUUCCAAAUAGUAGGCCAAGACGACAAUCAUGCUCUCCGUCUCGAGGACGUGCACCUAAUGGAAAUAUUCAUUUUAGUGGGGGCUCUGUCCCUGCAAUUAACCGAAUGCAUUCUAAAGCUAAUGACAACAUAAGUCCUGUAUUAGUAGGGACAAAAAUGGUUGAAAGGGUAAUAAGCAUGCGCAAAUUGGCGCCUCCCAAGCAAGAUGACAGGCAUUCACCUCGUGGGAAUCUGUCUGGGAAGUCCUCGUCGCCAGAUAGCUUGGGCUUUGGGAGAACACUAUCUAAGAAGUCUCUGGAUAUGGCCAUUCGACACAUGGAUAUAAGGCGGAGCAUUCCAGGUAACUUACGCCCCUUGAUGACAAAUAUUCCAGCUUCUUCAAUGUAUAGUGUACGAUCUGGGCCAUCUCGAAGCCGAACUGUCAGUGUUUCGGACUCCCCUCUUGCAACAAGCAGCAAUGCCAGUUCUGAAAGGAGUGUCAACAAUAAUGGUCUCUGUUUAGAUGCACAUGAAAUUGACGACGAAAUUGGUAGUGAAAGAGGAGGUCGCUCACCCCGCAGCAUGUACCCUAGGUGAAGCUGAUGGCUCAUUUGAAUUCUGAUCAAUCAUAUGGUUCUUUUUGGACAUCAUGAACAACUUUCAUGAUGAUACGAAGAUGAUAAUCGUGGAAGUGAUAACCAAAUCAUGUGUUUAGGACUAAUGUAAAGUUCAUUAAGUGGUCGAUUGUUGUAUUUAUGUAAUUCCAGAGCUUUGUAUGGGUAGAGGAACAAGUUAUAUGCUGAACUAUGUUCUUACGCAUUUUCUACACGGUUGAGAUAUUUUGUAGUUGCUUAAUAUAUGCAACUGUUGUGGCCGUUAACAAUUGACAAUGUAUUCAAUUUCGGACCCAAUAUAAGCUUAAAGUGAACAUUCUACCAAUUUCA